AUGGAGCUUAUCGAUGUGUUUCGGCUAGUGAUUGGACGAGAUCCACCGGUGGACAUGCCCCCAAUGGAGGUCACGCUAAAGCCUGGAGCUGUUCCAGCGCGAUGUCGUGUGAGGCGAUACUCACCAACUCACCGUCCAGGUGGACGCAAAAAGACAAAAGUUCGGAGCGUUCCACUGUGUAAUGUAGGGUGGAGCGCUGAAGAAGUGGCUUGCCUAGAACUUUGCAAAGCCGCGUUGCAGAAUGCGGUGCAGCUAGCUCAUCCGGACCCGGACAAGCGCCUAUGUGUCUUCACAGACGCGAGAGAUGAACACUGGGGAGCCGUAAUUACGCAGAUUCCGCCGGAACACUCCGUCAGGCCGCAGAACGAGCAAGAGUACCAACCGUUCAUGAUGCUGGGCGGUUCGUUUUCUGGAUCUGCUAAACGGUGGGCGAUUGUCGAGAAGGAAGCAUACGCCAUCAUUGAAACUUGCCGUCGUGCAGAUUAUCUGCUUCACCGACCGGAUGGGUUCGCUCUUUUCACGGACCACAGAAACCUACGGUACAUUUUCGACCCGCACAGUGUCUCGGGUGCCGUACCGAAGUAUGAAAUUCAUGACAUUGCCGGCGACGACAACGUAUGGGCGGACUUGUUGUCCAGGUGGGGAUCCUCGUUCAAGACUGUAUGUGCGAUUCGCCAUGUGCCGUUGCCGCUUUCACCUCAACUUGACGUGGCAUUCGUGUGGCCAACCGGGAAGGAGAUCAGUGAAGCACAGGGUGCAGGAACUCCACCUGCCAAUGUGAUACUGUGUGAUAGCGGUUCGCUGUGGAAAGACGAGCAAGGCCGGAUCUGGAUACCCGACGAGGCUACGACCCAACAAGUACGAGUGUAUAUGGACCGCGCCAUCGAGUUUUUCGUCCAGAGGUGCUUGCACUACGCAAGUACACUCGGCGGUCCGCCUCAACCUCGACUGCUAGGAGAAGCAAUGCAUGCUGAGCGGCCAAACGAGUUGAACCACUGGGGUUACUUGUACCUGGGGAAAAGUGAUACGAAUCAGGAGUACGUGCUGGUCAUUAAAGAUGAUGCGUCUAAGUUUGUGUGGCUGCUUCCCAGUGAGGCAGCGGAUACAGAGAUGAGAUACAAUGCUCUCAUCGACUGGUUUGCAUCGUUUGGCGUGUGUCGGACCUGGGUCAGUGACCAGGGGACACAUAUCAAGAAUAAGGUGGUAGAGGCUCUACAAUAUGCAUUGGGGGCUCACAACCAUUUCACUACGGCUCGCUGCCCAUGGGCAAAUGAAACUGUGGUGGUUGUGAUGAAAGAAACGCUACGUUGUUGCCAGGCGCUGCUGUCUGAGCGGAGAAUGCAGCCACGGGAGUGGACUCGCGUGAUCACGAUCGUGCAAAUGGCACUAAACAACGCUCCGUCGCCAUCUCUCGGAGGGAUCCAGGUGAAGCAGCGCGAGCAUUUCGUACGCUUACAAACGGCUAUAGAAGACAUGCACAAACGAACGAGUGAAGUGAAUGCGUCUGCGAGAGCAGCAGGGCGUAAAGCACAUGAUAAAAAAACGACACACGACAAUGGCGUAGUUCGAUAUUGGGGACUAUGUAUUAUUUUUGAAACCCAGAACUUAGUCACCGGCCAGCGCAAGGAGGCACAUGCAAGCCGACUCAAGUUUUAUGCGGAUGACUCACUCGACGUCAAUGAAGAGCUGUUACUGCAUGUGACCCACAACAGUGAGGAGCACGUCGUGGAUACGCUGUUGAAGGCGCGCUAUAACCCAAACGCGAAACGCCACGAGAUCAAAGUUCACUGGCGCGGCCUGGAUGCCGUAGAAGACUCGUGGGAACCGACAGAUGUCCUGCUGCAGGAUGUUCCCGCAGCGGUGAAGGCAUUUGUUCGCAGCCACAACAAACAGCAACCCGUGAAGGCGUUGCGCAAGGCACUACAAUUGAAGUAA